AUGUCGCCAAGAUCGCUGGAAUUUCACACGGCGCUGGUUACCGGAGGUGCCGGUGGUAUUGGACGAGCCAUUGCUGAAUACUUCAUCUCACAAGGAAAGAAGGUCAUCAUCGUGGGCCGUACCGAGUCCAAGCUACAAUCGACAAGCAAAGAGAUUGGUGCCGACUACUAUGUCUUGGACACUGGUGACAUCAAGUCCAUCCCGAGCUUCAUUCAGAAAAUCACAAAAGAGCAUCCUGAGUUGGACUGUCUAGUCAACAACGCCGGAGUCCAGAGACCUCUCAAUGUGAACGAUAUGUCAGCUGAAGAGUUCCUCGAAAAGGGCGACGCCGAGAUCGAUAUCAAUGUCCGAGGACCCAUGCAUCUCGCUGUCGGCUUUUUGCCUCACUUCAAGUCGAAAAAAUCAGCCGUCAUCAUGAACGUCUCGUCAGUUCUUGGCUUCAUUCCAUUCAGCAUCAUCAACCCAGUUUACAACGGUACCAAGGCCUUCGUACACUUCAACACGAUGAACCUCAGAUCUCAGCUGGAGCAGGCCGGAUCCUCCAUCAAGGUGAUCGAGAUCGCACCGCCGUCUGUUGGCACCGACUUGCACAGGGAAAGAGAGGACCCAGACGACAACAAGAAGGACAAGAAUGCCAGUGCUCUGUCUGUUGAAGAGUUUAUGGAUGAGCUGAAGAAGGGCUGGCGGGAGGACCGCGAUUGCAUCGGAGCCGGUAUGAGCCAAAAAGUGGUCGACAGGUGA